GACGGGUUCAUCACAUUUACCUACUACUUCUACUUCUUCUAGUACUGUGCCAGAGCAAAGCAGCAGGCUGGGUGGAAGGGAGGAUGGGGGGUAGGGAAGGAAAGACUGAGAAGAGUGUGUGACAGUCUGCUGUUGUUAUUGUAGCCUCGCAAUUUCGUCUAGUCGUUCUUCUUCUUCUUGCUGGAACCUCGGUGUCCAAUAUGCUGAAACAUGUGGGUGAAUCCGGACGUUGAGAGGAGUGGAAGCUUCAACAGAACAAGUCGCAUCGGCCCCUGUAAGAGCCCGGAUGCUGGAGGUAGCUGGGAGGGCCGCUUAUAAGUAUUUGCCUCACGAGCACAUGCACUUGACCUCCAGUGUCAUUAUGGAAAACUGAGAUUGAGAGCCGGUUGUGUCUACUUCUUAUACCCGGGUCGCAUUCUUCUCUCGACUGUUUGGAUGGGUGCCGUACAAGGUCAUGCGCUUUAUGAUCUCUCGUAUGACUAGUAGAUUUGAGGUGAUUUUUGUUCAUGAUGAUAGCUUAUGAGGAGAAUAAUAGCAACAUUGUAGCUUUAGAGGGGUGGCAGCGUCAACACAAAAGUCUCCAUGAGGGAGGGGGUGAGAAGAAUCAGCUUCUCAGAUGUAUUCACGUACGAGGUGCAUUUGAGCAAGCGAGCAGCUAUGGACAGCAGGGUUUGAAGGCGAUCACACAAGAGGAGAAUCGGAGCAUUGGGUCGGCCCAGGAGCCAGAAAUUGUAGAAUCUUGCUAUUUGUAAUCCAUUGGUUCGAACCCAGGCGCAAGAAUUUGCUGCUGCAGGAAGGAAAAUGAAGCUUCCAGCAUGUUCAGUCUGUCAGAUGAAUUACAACGAGGAGGACAGAGUGCCGAUGAUGCUGCAAUGCGGUCACAGUUUCUGCAAAGAGUGUCUAGCCCACAUGUUUGCCGUUUGCACUGAUCAUACUCUGCUCUGCCCUCGUUGCCGGCAGCCAUCCAAAGUAGGUAACAGUGUGGAGGCUCUGCGUAAAAACUUUGGUAUGCUCUCGCUCAUUCGGCGGGCCUCUUCUGAUUGUGGUGCCGAGUGCGAUUCCGACGAGGACGAGGAGCUCACCGAUUGUGCCUCCAAUCCCUACUCUGAUCGGUCCCGCAGCAACACUCCUCAGGCCAGUCCUGGCUGGACGCCUGGCUGUGGGGGCAUCACCUUAGAUCUUGGCUCCCAUGCCCUUCGACUGCUGCGCCCUCUGAGCAACGGGCCUCGUCAGGGCCAGGAUGUUUGGGCCGGUCUUCUCACUGGUCCAGGCGGAUGUAAGCACAAGGUGGCUGUGAAGAGGGUAGAAAUGCCGGAGGGCAUGGACUUAGAGUGGAUACAGGGCAAAAUUGAGAACUUACGGAGGGCCGCUAUGUGGUGUCAAAAUGUAUGCACUCUGUAUGGUGCGUGUUCCAAAGAAGGCAAGCUUUGCAUAGUAAUGGACAAGUACCCCAGCUCAGUGCAGGCUAUGAUGCAACAGAAUGAAGGUCGUCUCACGUUGGAGCAGAUUUUGAGAUAUGGGGCUGACAUUUCUCGAGGGGUUGCAGAGUUGCACGCCGCUGGAGUUGUUUGUAUGAAUUUAAAACCCUCUAAUCUUCUAUUGGAUAUAAGGGGACGCGCAGUUGUAGCUGACUUCGGUCUUCCUGAAAUUUUGAAGAAACCACAAUGCAAGAAAGCCCGUUUCAACGGAGGUGAUGAGAAUGCAACAUUGAUGCAUUCUUGUAUCGAAUGCACUAUGUUAAACCCUAACUACAUGGCCCCUGAGGCUUGGGAGCCUCUUCGAAAAUCUUCUUUGAAUUUGUUUUGGGAGGAUGCUGUUGGCAUGUCAGCCGAAUCAGAUGCCUGGAGCUUCGGAUGCACUCUUGUGGAGAUGUGCACGGGAGCUGUUCCAUGGGGUGGCUCCAGUUCGGACGAAAUUUACAGAUCCGUUGUCAAAGCUCGACGACAACCACCUCAGUACGUUGGUAUUGUUGGUGGAGGUAUACCUAGAGAGUUGUGGAAAAUGAUUGGAGAGUGCUUGCAAUUCAAACCAUCAAAAAGGCCAACGUUUCAUGCAAUGCUCGCUAUAUUUCUUCGACAUCUGAGAGAGAUGCCGUUAAGUCCACCACCAAGCCCAGACAAGUAUAGUGAUCCGGUUAAGGAGGUAGAAGUAAGUGGCACAGAACCCUCUCCAUCGUCUACUCUUGAGUUUGGGCAAACUUCAUUAUCUGCACUCCAUCGCCUUGUCGCUGAAGGCGAUACAGAUGGGGCCAGGGAUCUGCUUUCAAGAGCUGCGGCAGGAAAGGUCGGAACGUCAGUAGGAGCACUUCUCGACAGUCGCAAUGUAGACGGGCAAACUGCACUUCACAUGGCUGCGAUGAGAGGUUACUCAGAGAUAGUGGAGUUGAUACUUGAAUAUCCAGAGGCGGACGUUGAGGUAUUAGACAAAGAUGGGGACACUCCUAUUGUCUUUGCUGUGGCAUCUGGUACACCGGAGUGUCUUAAGGCUCUAAUCAAGAAGGGGGCAGAUGUCAAUGCAAGGUUGAAGGAUGGUAUGGGACCAGCUGUGGCACAUGUUUGUGCAUUUCAUGGCCAGCCUGAUUGCAUGCGGGAGCUGCUUUUGGCUGGUGCGAAUCCGAAUAGCGUCGAUGAUGAAGGAGAGACAGUUCUUCACCGGGCCGUCACCAAAAGACAUACAGACUGUGCAAUAGUGAUUUUGGAAAAUGGUGGCUGUGGUUCCAUGGGUAUACGGAAUGCAAAAGAUCUUACACCUCUGCACUUAUGCACAGCAACUGCGAAUGUGGCUGUCGUGAAGAAGUGGGUGGAAAUAGCUACGAAGGAGCAGAUAGAGACUGCAAUAGAGGUGGUCAGUUCCGUGGGAACUGCAUUGGUCAUGGCAGCAGCCCUCAAGAAGGCCCAUGGAGAAGUACCCGUGUCUUUGAGGAUGAGUCAGAUUGCCAAUACGCUUAGUCAUUCACCAUUAAAGAUAUCAUGGAGUUUACUCGGUGCAGAAGCACGCGACCUUGUAAAGAUACUAUUGGCAGCUGGGGCAAAUCCGACCGCUAUGGACACACAGCGGGGCCAAACAGCCUUGCAUGCAGCUGCUAUUGCGAACGACGUUGAGAUGGUGAAGAUUAUUCUUGAGGCAGGCGUUGAUGUUGAUGCGCGGGAUAUCCACACCACCACCCCAUUACACGUGGCACUAGCAAGGGGAUCUAAAGCAUGUGUUGGCUUACUUCUUGAAAGGGGUGCCAAUUGCAACGUUCAGGAUGAUGAGGGUGACAACGCCUUCCAUAUAGCCGCAGAUAUGGCAAAGAUGGUCCGAGAAAACCUGGAUUGGAUUGUGGUGAUGCUGCAGCAGCCUGAUGCAGCAAUUGAUGUCAAAAAUCAUAGUGGGAAGACAUUGAGAGACCUUUUGGAGGCAUUACCAAGGGAGUGGAUUUCAGAAGAUCUUAUGGAUGCGCUGGCAACAAAAGACAUCCAGCUUUCACCAACGAUAUUUGACCCAGGAGACUGGGUGAAGUUUAAGAGGAGUGUCAGGACACCAACGUAUGGUUGGCAGGGGGCCAGGCCAAGAAGUGUGGGCUUCGUGCAAACUGUUGUAGAUAAGGAGCAACUGAUAAUUGCUUUUUGUACUGGAGAAGCACGGGUUACAGCUGAUGAGAUAGUGAAAGUCGUUCCUCUGGAUAGGGGCCAACAUGUCAGGCUGAAAUCAGAUGCUAAGGAGCCCAGGUAUGGUUGGCGUGGUCAAUGCCGAGACAGCAUUGGUACAGUUUUGUGCAUUGAUGAUGACGGAAUAUUGAGAGUAGGCUUUCCAGGCGCAUCAAGAGGUUGGAAAGCAGAUCCGGCAGAAAUGGAGCGCGUGGAAGAGUUUGAAGUUGGCGAUUGGGUCCGCAUCCGUCCUUCCCUCACCACUGCAAAGCAUGGGCUUGGUCCAGUGACUCCUGGAAGCAUUGGUGUCGUAUACAGUAAGAGACCAGACAACAGCCUUUUGCUGGACUUGAGUUAUCUGCAAGGUCCAUGGCAUUGCGAACCUGAAGAAGUGGAACGAGUAGAACCAUUCAAGGUAGGAGAUCGCGUUUGCGUGAAGAGAUCUGUCGCAGAGCCACGGUAUGCAUGGGGCGGAGAAACCCAUCACAGUGUUGGAAAGAUCAGUGAAGUCAGUAGUGACGGGUUGCUUAUGAUAGAUAUUACUGGCCGCCCGAUCCUGUGGCAAGCAGACCCAGCUGACAUGGAGAAGGUGGAAGAUUUCAAGGUUGGUGACUGGGUACGAGUAAAAGCAUCUGUCUCAUCUCCUAAAUAUGGAUGGGAGGACGUCACGAGGGGCAGCAUUGGCGUGGUGUAUUCUCUUGACGAAGAAGGUGAUGUGGGUGUCGGUUUUUGCUUCCGCAGCAAACCCUUUUCCUGCUCGAUAACUGACAUGGAAAAGGUACCCCCAUUUGAAGUUGACCAAGAGAUACACAUAGCACCGACUGUAACUGAACCGCGCCUGGGCUGGUCCAGUGAGACAUCUGCAACAACUGGCAAGAUUAUGAGGAUUGACAUGGACGCAACUCUGAAUGUGCGAGUAGCAGGACGUAGUACUAUGUGGAGAGUUGCCCCUGGAGAUGCAGAGCGCUUGUCAGGAUUUGAAGUUGGUGACUGGGUGCGCUUGAAAGGCUCGUCAGGCUUGAAACCCAGCUAUGAUUGGCAUGGUGCAGGGAAAGAGAGUGUGGCUGUUGUACACAGUAUAUCCGACACGGGCUAUCUUGAACUAGCUGGUUGCUUUAGAUUAGGUCGCUGGAUGACACACUAUUCAGAAGUAGAGAAGGUGCAAACAUUAAGGAUUGGUCAGCAUGUCAGGUUUAGAGCUGGAUUAACUGAGCCUCGUUGGGGUUGGAGAGGCGCGUCACACGAUUGUAGAGGAGUCAUAAUAGGUGUGCAUGCGGAUGGAGAGAUAAGAGUCGCCUUCGCAGGACUUACUGGUCCUUGGCGCGGAGAUCCAGCGGACUUGGAGAAAGAGGAGAUGUUUGAUGUUGGGGAUUGGGUUAAGGUGCGUGAGGAUAUAGAAGAACCCAAACAUGGUUGGAAAGGUGUUAGGCCAGGCAGUGUAGGAGUUGUUCAAGGCAUAGCUUAUGAAAGUGAAGGAGAUGAGUACGGAAGGCCUCUCCUCAUUGGCUUCUGUGGCGAACAAGAGAGAUGGAUUGGUUUACAUUCCGAAGUGCUGAGAGUGCAACCAAUCCGAGUUGGUCAGCUAGUCCAAGUCAAGGCAUCGGUGAAGCAACCAAGAUUUGGCUGGUCAGGACAUAAUCAUGGCAGUCGAGGCACUGUGACUCUCAUAGAUGCGGAUGGUAGAUUAAGAUUGCAUUCCUCCAUUGGUACUCAGAAGACCUGGAUGCUUGACCCUGCUGAAGUAGAAGUCAUCGAGGAACAACCUAUCUGCAUAGGGGACUGGAUCAAAGUGAAGGGCUCGGUCCCAACACCCGUUCAUCAGUGGGGAGAAGUCACUCAUAAAAGUAUCGGCGUUGUUCACAGAAUUGAUGAUGAUGGGGAUCUAUGGGUAGCCUUCUGUUUCUUAGAAAGGUUAUGGGUUUGUAAACCGUCUGAAAUGGAGCGUGUCGAUGCGUUUAAAAUUGAUGAUGUUGUAAGGGUUAAAAAGACUGUUGUCACGCCACGAUGGGGUUGGGGAAUUGAGACUUAUGCCAGCAGAGGAGUUGUAACAGGCGUCGAUGCAGAUGGCAAACUGAGAAUACGGUUUGCACGAAGAGAGGGUAGACUUUGGGUUGGUGAUCCUGCAGAUGUUGAGCUUGACUCUGAAGCUCCAUGCAUCACUUGAACAUCAACGAACCAGCCAUUCCGGAUUAGAAUUGUUUAUUCUACAACAGGUUGGAUUGCAUGACAUAGAUAUUUGCAAGUAUUAUUGAUUUCUCAAUUAGGCGGUGGAUUCUUGUUCUGGUGGGGCUGCGAUUUUUACCUCUACUCUUGCGAGUCUGCUCUAGCUUUAGUUAAAAGAGGUGAGGUGUUAAUCGCAUUUCUACCAGGUCCAUCUCCUACUUGGGAAAUCUCAUAGUCUAGAAUUGGUGAUACUGGAAUCACCUUUUGUACAGUUUCAGUUUUCUCGAACGUUGAGUAUUUCACGGUACGUUGGCGGCUUCUUAUGGAUGUGUAUGAACGGAGAGGGGAAUAGAAGAGUGGAUACACGAUAUUUGAUAAAAUGCAGAACCAAGAUUGUACAUGAAUGAAACGACCUUGGUGUUUCAGUGGUGCUGUACAAACUGUUAGUCUUCAAGGGAGCAUCAACUGGUACCAGUUACACAAUCUAUAUGGAUUGGGGAGUCCUUCUUGCGGUCUUUGCCGUUUGUGGCAGUUUUAGCCAAACUUCAACGGACUGUGUUUCCUUCGGGGACGAGCAGGUUGUCAAGCAGUUUUUUUGCGACAGAGGUUCAGCUUUUUGAAGGCUUUUUAUGUUGGACUCUCCGAAGAUCUCUGGCCAAGGGUGGCCAAUUGUGCAAGCUGCGCGGGAGUGGAAGAUGAGGAGGAUUUGGUCACAGGAUUUGUGGUCAAUGAUUACCAGUUUGGUUAGACAUGUAACGGAAGGAGAAUGUUAUUGUUUGCUACCGUUCGCCAUAGAGCUGAAUGAAAAAUCAUUGUGUUUGUCAUGUCUGACCAUUAAUGUACGUCGCAACCGGGAGAAUUAUUUGAUUAUAACAUUUCUUGUUUCUGAUGCGGUGAUUAAGAGGUGGACAGUUGCAUGCCCAUGAGCUGUUGAGGAGGGCCUGAGGAGUAAUCUCUCUUCUAGCUUUACCUUUUCAACAUCGAGUAUUUUGCUGCCUCUGAGCUGUGGUCUUAUUCCAGUCAUAAUAAAUGCAUAGCAAAAAACAUUGAAACGC